ACCUCCGUUUACCCUUUAGAAUUUACAUAAUUUACCUCGAGGAGGUCAGUGAUUCAUAUAGAUGUUCCCGUCAGUUGUUCCCCAGCCAGAUAUUCGAGACAGCACAAGCACGCGAUGGCGAGCUUCGUGGGCCGAGUUGUACUUAUUACGGGAGCGAGUGCCGGGCUUGGAGAGGGGACGGCUUUGCAUUUUGCCAAAAAGGGAGCCAAACUCGCGCUAACGGGACGAGAUAAUUCGAGACUUGAAGAUGUCGCUAAGCGAUGCAUGGCGUGUGGGGUACCUGCUGAUAACAUUCGGACUAUUUCUGGUGACCUGACUGACUCGGCGUUCAGGAAGGACACCAUUGAAAAGACGGUCGCCAAGUUUGCCAGGCUCGAUGUACUGGUGAACAACGCUGGUGUGGUCUUCCCUGGGGAGUCCAUGGGAAUGUCGGAGUCCGACUACGAUAAGUCGAUGGACCUCAACAUGAAGGUGCCCUUCCUCCUGUCACAGCUGGCAGUCCCCCACUUGGAGAAGUCGCAGGGGAACAUUGUAAAUAUAUCAAGUCUUUGCGGGACCAGGGCGAUGCCGGAGGUUGGGAUCUACUGUGUCGCCAAGGCCGCCCUUGACAUGUUCACUCAGUGCCUGGCUUUGGAGCUCGCGCCCAAAAAGGUUCGGGUGAAUUCUGUGAGCCCCAGCACUGUGGCGACUUCGAUCUUCGGACGAGAGGGUUCUGCCCUCCACGGCAAAGACGACGAGAUACAGAAGUUUUUGGAUUCACAAGCCAGUGCCAGCCCCUUUGGCAGAUUGGGCACGCCCCAGGAUGUGUCUGAGGCUAUUGGCUACCUUGCCUCCGACGCUGCAAGCUAUGUGACGGGACAGAUUCUCUUAGUCGAUGGGGGCCGAAGCUGUACCUGCAAGUGAAGAGUAGUAUCGCCAUCAUAGAAUAGUUACGUCACGUCUGACGUCGUUAUGGCAGCUUGAUCUUACAGAUUGUUGUCAAAGUACUUAGUAUCCUAUAUAGAUACCUAUCACACAGCUUAACUUGUUUGAGUGGCAUUUUAGAAGUAGGGACCUACAAUAUUGAACAAAUGUUAUGGAUUACAAUGGAUUUUAUUUGUACAACUCUGGCUUCCACGCCCUAUCCUGUGUGUACUCAGUGGCUUUAUCAUCUUACUACUUAACCAAUUAUGGCAAUUAUGUUGUCUCAUUGUUACAUUCAGUAUAUAUAUACAUCUCCUCCACUGCAUGUAUUACUUCUGCUGGACAACGGUACAAGAAUCUGUAUCGAAAGUCGCACUCACGAAAUAUAGAAGCUAAUAUUCAUAAGAUUUGUUCUAUAUUAUCACACAGCUUGUUGUCAGCAAUAUUACACCUAUAUCUGGCAUAUUACAGCUGUAUAUUUAAAUAAAGCAUUUAUCUGUGACAUAAGGUUAGGACUUGAAAACUUAUCUUGCCUCACACAUAAAUGUCGAUUUCUGACUGGC